UUUUCCUAGCGCGGGGCAGGGCGGCCCAAAAUCUUUUGGUGGAUGCACCCAGCUUCCGUGACUCAAACCUCACGCUCCGAACCGCAUCGCGCGCAGCUCACCACUCUCGUCGUCCUGCCGAUAUUUGAUAGUUGGAUGCUGGAAUUAGCGUAAAGAUAUUGUACAAAGGCUAUUAAUAUCGCUCGAUUACAGACCCGGUGUCCCUGCUACAGCGCAGACAACCGCCGUUCCCCUCCCCCGCCUCGCACUCUCAUCGAACCGCAAAAUCUCGAAAAUAUACUCGUUCGCAGAGUCAUAGCAUUCACCGUCCAUGUCGACAGAACCCGAAAAGGCUGCACCGGCAGCUGCCCCUGCGCCUGCUGCUGAUGGCAAAGCAAAGGCUGCUCCCGCCGCCGCAAAGCCCGCCGCCGAUGGCGAAAAGGCCCUGAGCGGCGCUGCCCUCAAACAAAAGAAAAAGGAAGAGAAGGCUGCCAAAAGAGCGCAGGCCAAGAUGACUCAAGGUGGCCCGACCGGACCACCUGCUGCCGACGCAAAAGGAGGCAAGCCCGCGCAAAACAAGAACAACUUCCAGCCCGGCGCUCACCAGGGCCAUGUCCGCUCCGGCUCUCGCUCGACUCUCCCCGUACCUCAGAUUAAGGAUACCAAGCCCAAGGUCCCCGAAUGCUUCAGUCAUUUAUCGAUGGCUAAACGCAUAAGCAUCACGCACGCCAACAAGGAUGUCAACCCUAUCAUCCUGCUUCUCGGCCAACAGAUGAGCAAGUUUGCCAUCCGUGAUAGCAUCACCCGCUUGGAAACGACUCUGCUUGCCUUCAAGAAGCUCAUCGAGGCCUACACCACCCCCCACGGCACCACUCUCUCUAGACACUUUGUCACGCACGUUCUCAACCCCCAGAUCGAAUAUCUCACCGCCUGUCGCCCCAUAUGCUUCUCCAUGGGCAAUGCCAUUCGCUGGCUCAAGCUCCAAAUCUCCAAGAUUGACAUUGACCUUCCCGACGCUGCGGCCAAGCAGAUAUUGUGCCAGGCUAUUGACAGCUUUGUCCACGAGCGUGUGACUCUUGCAGACUACGUCAUUGUCAGCACUGCUGCGCAGAUGGUGUCUGAUGGUGAUGUCGUCGUCUCCUAUGCUCACCACCAUCUAGUCGAGCGCGUGUUGCUGCAGGCCAAGAAGGACGGCAAGGACUUCAAGGUCAUCCUCAUUGACGACCCCUUUGAGCGUGUUGGUCUUGAACAUGCCAAGCGACUCUCUGCUGCUGGUAUCUCCGUAGCAUACACUGCCGACCUCGGCGCACUGCGAACCAACCUCCAGCAAGCUACCUCGGUCUUUGUGGCCGCCGAAGCCAUGUUCAGUAACGGUGCCAUGUAUGCCCGUGCUGGUACUUGUGAUAUUGCCACCACUGCUAGAGAUCUGGGCCUACGUGUUGUUGCCCUUUGCGAAACCAUCAACUUCACUGAGCGCGUCUCCAUUGACUCAUUGACGUACAACGAGAUCGACCCUGAUAGAAACACAGACGAGGCGUUUAGACUGCUUUUCGACACCACAACAGACAAAUUCAUCUCGGUAGUAGUGACGGAGCUGGGCAACAGUUCGCCAAAGUCUGUGCCGGCCAUUCUGAAAAAGUUGGAGGAGCUGUAAUACACUAGAUACUUACGAUAUAAACAACAAUAAAACCAAAUGCCAUGUACCCCAUUAC